AACAGCCUCGGUGGAGGCUCCGCUGCUCCUCAGCGGGCCGCGGCCAUGGGCUCGCUGCUGAGCCGGGGCCUGCGGCGGCGGCGGCGGCACCGGGAGCGGCUCCCCCCCGGUGAUGAGGAGCCCGGGGAUAGCGGCGGCCGCGGCAGCAAGAGGGGCCGCGGGGACAGCGACUGCGACGACGAACGGCUCCACAGCGGCCGCCGCAGGAAGAAGUUCAAAAGCACGUCCGAGUACAUUUACCUGACGCUGUUUCUGAACGGCGAGAACAGCGACAUCAAAAUCCGUGCCCUGGGAGAGGAGUGGAACUUGCACAAGAUAUAUCUGUGCCAGUCAGGCUACUUUUCCAGCAUGUUCAGUGGAUCUUGGAAAGAAUCCAGCAUGAACACCAUAGAACUGGAGAUUCCUGACCAAAAUAUUGAUGUAGAAGCUCUACAGGUGGCUUUUGGCUCACUGUACAGAGAUGAAGUGUUAAUAAAACCCAGUCAAGUAGUUGCAGUUUCAGCAGCAGCCUGCAUGCUGCAGCUGGAUGGCUUAAUCCAGCAGUGUGGUGAAACAAUGAAGGAAACCAUUAAUGCCCAAACUGUGUGUGGUUAUUAUAAGGCAGCGGAGACAUACGGCUUAGACUCGGUGAAGAAAAAGUGCCUUGAAUGGCUCUUGAAUAACAUGAUGAUUCACCAGAGUGUGGAACUCUUCAAAGGAAUCAGCAUAAACCUCAUGAAACAGCUGGUCAGCUCUUCAAACCUCUUUGUAAUGCAGGUGGAGAUGGAUGUGUACACCAUGCUCAAAAAGUGGAUGUUCCUUCAGCUCGUGCCUUCUUGGAAUGGGUCUUUGAAGCAUCUCUUAGGCGAAGCUGAUGCCUGGUUUGCUGAGCGUAGGAAAGAUUUUGACAGUGACAUUGCAUUCCUGGAAUCAGAAGAGGGGAAUCAGUUCCUGUCAGUGUUCACACACUUGAGGUUACAGCAUAUCAUCAGUGACUUGGCAUCGGCCAGAAUUCUUGAGAGAGAUUCCCUCAUACCCUCAGAAUGGCUGUCCCCUGUUUACAAACAGCUGUGGUUUGCCAUGCUCAGAGUAGAGCAAGAGAAUGAUAUUGGGCCUCAAGAAAUAAAUAAAGAGGAGCUGGAAGGAAACAGCAUGAGGUGCGGCCGAAAGCUCGCCGAGGAUGGUGAUUACUGCUGGCGCUGGACUGGGUUCAGCUUUGGCUUUGACCUCCUUGUUACUUACACAAAUAGUUGCAUCACCUUUAAACGGAAUACACUGAGUCAGCCAUGCAGUGGAUCAGUCAGUCUGCAGCCUCGGAGAAGCAUAGCCUUCAGGUUACAUCUUGCCUCUUUCGACAGCACUGGAAGAGUUACUCGCAGUAUAACAACAGGGUAUCAGAUCCUAAGCUUUGAGAAGGACCAGGAGGAGGUAGUGAUGUAUUUGGACAGUAGACUCCUGAUCUUCCCAGUCUAUAUCUGCUGUAACUUCUUGUACACAUCACCAGAGAAGCAGUGAGGCACUGCCAGAUCAUUUGGGAGACCUCUUUGGUGGAAUCCAGUAGCACUUCUAUAACUCUGCAUGCCUGCUUCCCAUUAAACGCCCUGCUGACGCACAGAGCUUGGCACCGACAAAGGCCUUACACUGUGGCAAAGAUACAUGGCCUUAGUAUCCUCCUAUGCACCUCUGAAGAGAAGAGCAGAAAUUAGAUAGGACCAAAACUAGUUCUCCCGUUCUUUUUUAUUUAUUUCUCUUCUGCAUCUUCAGACAGGGGCCAUUCCAGGUUUAAGGAAUGUUACACUUCAGGCAAAAACUGAGCCAAAUUGGAAACAGGGAAUUUCUGUGAAUGUCAGCUUAUAAACGGACCUGUUAAAUCCUGAGCUCACAUUGUAGGAUGUGUAGGUUUUGUCACCACGUUUUGGGGGGAUUUAAUACCAGAUCCGUGUUACUUACUUUUGUGCUCCUUUUCCAUUAGGGUCACCUAUGUCUGUCGAAGUGUUGCCUGUACAUCCUGUUAGUUAUUUAACUGUAGAGAUUCGCAGACCUUGGUUUUAAGCCUUUAUUGCCCCUCACCCACGUUUAUUUUUCUUGUUCUUGGGCUUCUUUUUAACAUUGCAGCAUAUAUUUCAUUUUUUUAGCAUGGGAAUUUGCUAUUGAGGAGGUUCAUAAGUGAAUUAUUUGUUUUCCGUGGACUGAAAGCACUCUAAUGUACCAAGCAGCAUUUCAGUCUCAAACAGCAGCUUACUCUGCUCACACCAAAUACCAGUGUUUAAAUGUUGCUUUUUGUGACUUGUUUUAACUGUUCUUCUGGGAUUACACCCUGGUUUAGCUCAGGAACCUGUGACCUUUGAGUGCCUUGGAGUUGUAAGUGUUAACCCAAACCUCACUUCACUUGAGCACGGUCACAGCAUUCAAAGGAAGAGCUGGGAAGAAGGGAUUCCUUCUGGGUUUUGAUGAAUGAGUCAAGUGUAAGAGGUACACUGUA